AAAAAAAAAAAAAAACCCCCCCCAAGCUAAUGAUCUAAAAAUAUUUUAAGGAAGUUUGUAACUUUCAAGUCAUCAUGGCUUCAACAUCCAUGAUCGUCACAAGCAGUAGAGCGAUAAAGAAACUCUUUCCUCACCUCUAUUCCUUCACAUCAUCUUCCGGUGCUUGCUUCUCCACUGCCUACGAACGUGCCGAGGCCAAUACGGAGACCCAAGAGCCGAUGUCUGCUAUAGACAAUUGGGCGGACAUGCAUCGUCGCAGGGACUCUUGGGUUAAUACCCAUGUGGAACAGACUUUCAUAAAACACUCUGGAGGAGGAGAGACAAAUGCAGAGACCACAGACUACUGCAAGCUCAACUAGACCCCCCUUGACGAGCAUAGGGUUUUGGAGCAAGUUCUUGGCAUGCGUAGAGGACAUAAGAUAGGAGUGGGUCCGACGCUCUCCCAAGAGCAUUACUCCAGGGCUUCUCCUUCAUCUGCUGGUUCAUUCUUGGACGCAACCUCAUCGGCUCAACCUAACUCACGUAUGGAUCGUUAUUUAAAGAAAUCAUACCGGGAACAAAUGAAGAUUUAUGAUAAUCAGGGCAGCAAUGCAGUGAAGGAAGUUAGAGAAGGAGGGGAAGGAGGAGGAACAUCAGGACUGUCGUAUACUCCGGAGGAGAGCAUAAAGGAAGGACUGUACAAGGCCAAACACCAAGGGCUGAGCAUGCCAAACGAUGUGGCAAGAGACGGACUGGUGAAGGCGGGUUUGGUCGGAGAGACAGCCAAGGAAACCUUGGAUGGGCAGUGGAAAGCAGCCCAAGAGACCUCACGAAAGGUCAAGGAUGAGGCAGCUGGGAAUAAUAGACGCCAAGUGACUGAUCAUUAUGAAGCUGGUCCAAAUAUAAAUGAUGAUCAUGAUCGUGAUCGUGAUCGUGAUACUAGUUCGUAGGAUGAUGAGGAUCCUAAUGUUGGGGAUUUGAGGAGACGUGCGGGAGGAUAUGAUAAGAGAUCAGAUGAUGAUGAUGAUGAUAGCCCCAAAGAGAAAGAAAGAGUCUUUUGGUAACUUUUGAAGAGUAAAGAAAAAUAUAAUAAACAGUGGAUGUAGUUACUAUAAAUCCGUGUGUCUUUCUACUUUCGUUUCCAACAACAAAUCAGUACAUUAUUCAAUACAUUUCCAAAACAAACACAAUCAGUUGCAUAAAUCGGAGAAUAUAACUAGUUUUGGCAGGUAAUUCAACGGACCACUGAGAGGUAAUCUGAUGUAAUCUUGUUGAUGAAAUUUUACCGUCAUUGUGUGCGGAUUUAUCAUUAGACUAGGUCUGUAACCACACGGAUUAAUGUCUUCAUGUGAAAAGUUCAGACGACGAUUGAGGUGACUAGGUCUUGC